UGCACUAGGAGUAGAAGCGUCCAGGUAAAGGGGGUGCACGAAGGUUCUCAGUGCAAUGCCCCAGGCUCAUUGCAAAGCGCAGAUUGUACCAUCUGCUCAGGCGCCCCUCCUCAUGCACUGCGGCGAAUACUGUGCCUUUGCACAGCAAUAGGAGCUAGAUAAUAACAAUAUUAUUACAGCUUGGGAACCACUAUCUUAGUGACACAUCUGAUCUAAAAAAAGAAAAAAAGACCAUCCCACCAUGUCGGUUGCCUUUGCUUCUGCUCGCCCAAGAGGCAAAGGGGAGGUUACCCAGCAAACUAUCCAGAAGAUGUUGGAUGAAAAUCACCAUCUAAUACAAUGUAUUAUGGACUAUCAAAGCAAGGGCAAAACAGCAGAAUGUACUCAAUAUCAACAAAUCUUGCACAGAAACCUGGUUUAUUUGGCAACAAUAGCAGACUCAAACCAGAAUAUGCAAUCCCUGCUUCCUGCUCCGCCGACGCAAAACAUGACCCUGGGCCCGGGAGGAAUGAAUCAGAGCGCAUCCAACCAGUCUCUUCAUUCACAGAGCAACCUCAGUGAUGCAAUCGGGACAGGCCUUCCUCCGUCCUCCCUCAUGCAGAGUCAGAUCAGCAAUGGUCCCAGUCAUGUGUCUAUGCAACAGUCAGGCCAGAGCACGAUGCCCACAACUUCCCUCAGCAUGACUGUCAGUAGCCACGGAACUGGAACUGGCUACAGCCACACGGUGCCUGCGUCUCAGAAUGUACCCAUGCAAGGCCAGGGCUCGAUAGGCAACUAUGUCUCGCGAACAAAUAUCAACAUGCAGUCUAAUCCCGUCUCCAUGAUGCACCAGCAAGCAGCGACGUCGCAUUACAACUCUGCGCAAGCGGGGACUCAGCACUACCAAGGCCAGUCUUCCAUUGCCAUGAUGAGUCAGAGCAACCAAGGGAACAGCAUGAUGGGCCAGCGGCCGAUGGGUCCUUACCGACCUUCACAGCAAGGCUCCUCUCAGCAGUACAUGGGCCAAGAAGAAUACUACAGUGAACAAUACAGUCACGGACAAGGUUCCUCGGAGCCCAUGAACCAGCAAUAUUAUCCUGACGGUCACGGUGAUUAUGCAUACCAGCAGUCAAGUUAUUCUGAGCAAAGCUACGAUAGAUCAUUUGAGGAUUCCACCCAGCAUUACUAUGAAGGAGGGAAUUCCCAGUAUAGCCAGCAGCAGGCAGGAUACCAGCAAGGAGCUGCACAACAGCAAACAUAUUCACAGCAGCAAUACCCAAAUCAGCAAAGUUAUCCAGGACAACAGCAAGGAUAUGGGCCAGCCCAAGGAGCCUCGUCACAGUAUUCCAGUUACCCACCGGGCCAGGGGCAGCAGUACGGAAGUUACAGAGCUUCGCAGACAGGGCCAGGGGCACAGCAACAGAGGCCUUAUGGCUACGAACAGGGCCAGUAUGGAAACUAUCAGCAAUAAAAUAAAGGACAACCACCUGUGUUAAAUUUGUUUCAAUAUUUAUGUCCGUCUUUUGAACUCAGAUGUACGGGCAGCUUUUGAUUAAUCGUAAUAUGUUGGUUACUCCCUUAGCACAAAAGGAGCAUCUGUAUGUGAAACAGUGUUCAUUUCAUGCUGGAUAUGAAGCAGUGCAUUACUGGUAACAAGGCAAUGCUUUGAUAUGUUUUGGUCCUGUGUAAGUAUUGUAUGUUGAUACAAUGCAGAGGUUCUUAUUUCUCCCAUGUUUGCACCCACUGGAUGUUUUCAACUAGCUUUAGAGAUCACUUGUUCAGGUGCCCAGACCCCACCCUCUCCCCGUUCAAAACAAGGCCAUAAUAUUCUAUAACAAAUCCAGUGUAUAGCUGAGCUUGUCCUCAUUUUCUGGUCAGGCAAGCAGGGUAGUUGGUUUCUAAUGAGAAAACACCAUCCCAAAUAUGAUGCAAUAUACAUACAACACUUUUCUUGUAUGAACUUCAUUCUGAACUCCCAAGAUCAUAAUUGGACCAUAUUAAGGAUAAGCACAUUUUUACAUUUAAAGGGUUUGUAUUCUGAGCAUACAUACUAGAAUGUAUGGAACAGUCCUUUCUUUGUUCAGCAGUAAUUAGGGUUACCUUAAGGUACAUCACUUUCCAGGAGUGGCUUACUAGUGGUGAGUUACCACUGGGAAUUAUUGCUGGACUAACUUGGGAAUCUACCCUUUAUGAUGAGAUGCCCUUAUAGUCCAUCCUAAGCCAAUACCAAAGAAACAUUAAACUGCAGAAAUAUUGGAAGUAGUUCUAGGCUGAACUUGAGGAACACUCAAGUUUUGUUAGUACUGGAAAUUUGAUAAUGUGUUUAGUUAGUGUGGAACGAAACAUACUGGAGGAAUUAAUAAUACCUGCAGGAAGAUGGAAUCCACCCAAGGGGAAACAUUGACUUCAUUGGGAAAGUGCUGAGCAUAUCCUUGAAAUCAGUCAGAUGGCUGAAGGUGCUUAGGGCUGCAAGCCUUACAAGAAAAAAAAUUUAGAAAA